AUGAUUCCUAUUCAGUCGAGGAUCCGCGAUAUGGCUCUAGCCAAAGCCCCCGUCGUCGCUCCUGUGGCAAGCACAGAUCCUGCCCAGGUCAGCUUCAGUUGGAGUGGCAGCUCUUUUGAAUGCUCGCCUCUCUCCAACCCUUCAGCUCCUCCUCCUACGCCUACCGACUCCCUCUAUGAUAUCAACCCACGCAAAUCAUCCUUUUCAAGUGAGUAUGGCAUGGGCGCAGCAUGUGCCUUCCCAUCAUGGCCAAACCGCGCUUCACUAUCAAGUGCCGACUCCUGCGACCUGUUCGUGAACAACGCCUACCUAUCCGACGAAGAUUUGCUGUGGAUGCCGGAGAACCCCAUCCCAGAGGAGGAGCCCGAGCUCAAGCAAACACAAAUGGUCUCAUCAAUCACUAUGGAGCAACAGCUCCAGCGCAUGCGAGUCCUUGCCGAGCAAGAGGACCGCGCGCGGUUCCUAGCGAAGGUAGAUGCCCAUGCACGAGCAACUCAAGCACUACGACAGCCAAAGACACUGGCGACCGACCGCAGCCCAGUUACACCAGUGACACCAAAGAGCAAGAAGCGUCGGGUUGUCCCCAAACAGCGACGCGCCCACUCAUCAAGCAAAGUACCGACUGCUUAA